GCGUUUUUGUCUAAACACUUAUUGGCGCUUGAAGGAACUAUGAAGAUUGCAUCUUCUAAAAUAGAAAACGUUGUCCUCCCGGAUGCUAUAAAACUCUCGGAAGCUAUAAAAACUAAAGAUAGCAUACAUGGCAACGGUGAUGACCAUUUAUUUGUACAUCUAGUGCAGUCUAAAGACACAGAAGAACGAAUAAAAAACACGGAAGAGUUUUCGGCGGAAGAAAAUUGGAAAGGAACUGUCCUGCCCAUAAAAAAGCGGAAAAGAAGUUCCUAUUUAGAAAAAAAUUCGGAAUGGUUGGAAAUGAAUUUAAACGAAAGCGUUAGAUCAUUAGCUAUAAAUAUUAUAAGAAACGGCAGUUGUCCAGAUUUAAAAACAGUUAAAAUUGAAGGACUACAAUACAUAUUCACCAAUACUUGUGGCUUUGAUGCAAUUGUACAUCUCAUAGCUUGUAAUUGGUGCGAUUAUCCUAAUAUGUCAAAUAUUUUUAAGUUUCAAGAAACGCGCUUAGGAAAAUUAAUUGAAAUGUGUUUCAAAACAAUCAACACAAAAUUGUAUAAACUUAGAGCGGAGCUUCUUUUAGAUUUAUUCAAAAAAACAGUAACACAAUAUUCACAUAAUUUAAUUCAAAUUGACACACAAUCCACAAUUGAGUACCUAAUUAGGUCUCUUUGUCAAAUGGGCGAAUUGCAAUAUUCGUUAACGGAGAAACGCUUUUGCAAUCAAUGCAAUAGAGUAAAACUUUUAACAUCUCCGGAUAUUCCAGUUGCUCCGCAUCUAAAUUUAAAUAUUGUUAAAGAACUACAUGAUGUUUCACAAACAAGAAAAUGCACCAACACAGACUGCGACAACUAUCUCCAAUGUACAUACGAAUACAAUGAAAACUAUCUUUUUUUUGAAAUAGGUAGCAAUUGUCCUCACAAGCUGUCGACCAUAAAGCGUUCAGUUUGGAUUAAUGGCCAGAAAUAUCUUUUAGGGGGAAUAAUUACAUAUUCAGGAUCUACUGCAUCAUUUAAUGAAAAAAUGUUAGGUCAUUUUAAAACCUACGCUUUCCGACUGCAUGGCAGAUGGGAAAUUUAUGAUGAUCUGUUAAAAGAAAAAGAAACAUGUAUGGACAGUGAAAGUGUAUGCAUUGAAGCUAUUAUAUAUGUAAAGCAUAAUCAAUAA